ACUUCACAUAUUUCUUUUCCCCAUUGUCUUUUCUUUAAUCUUCUUUUAUUACUAAAUAAAAAAGAAAGACAAUGGCCAUUUAUAACCAAAUUUUACUUGUCUUUAUCAUUUCUUUAUUCCUCACAACCCUUCCCUCUAAUGCAUACAAUAAUUACCCUAAACCAUUAAAAUCCCAUGGACCUGCCCUUUCUCCACCACAUCAGCCAUCCCCUCCCUCGCCCUCGUCCUCGUCAUCAUCCUCAUCCUCAUUCUCAUCGUCAGCCUCAGCCUUAUUAUCGUCGUCCCUAUCUGGCUCUGUAGGCUCUAAGAAAACCUUUGAGAGUACGAAAAACAUUCCUAGUGUCUCAACUGGGGAUGUUUCCGUAUAUGUCAAAGCCAUCAUGGAUGCAACGAUGUCCAAGACGGAAUCAUUCAUCGCCAAUGUCAUUGAAAAGCGUUUGAAAGAUACAAAAACGGAUGUCUACGCGAAAGAUUGUCUCGAGACAUGCAAAUCUGUGUACCAAGAUGCAGUUGAUGCCAUGAAGAGGACUGAAGAAGAUGUCAAAGCAAAAAAUUAUUACAAAGCCAAUGUGGAUGUUAGUGCAAUGUCAACAGAUAUUGAUACUUGCAAUGAAUGUGCUGCUACUAUAUAUGGAGAAGACAGUGAGUUCAAGAAAUUUGACAAUUGGGCACAAGGGGUUUAUAGUGAUUGCCUUGAUAAGAUCACUAGCCAAAGCAAUUAAAUUGGUAAUUGACAUAAAUAUUUCAAGAGCUUGUUAUCAAUUAACUUUAUUAAUGGGUAACAAGUUCUAUACAUUGUUGUAUGGGUUGUAAUCAUGGAAAGAUUUGGUGAUGAAAUCAUGUAACCUACACAUUUGGAAUGAAGGAACACUACUUAAUAGUGUUUGAUCUUUUAA